AUGAAACUUUUGAAACUUUUGUUUCUCUUCCAAGUGUCCAUCUUGGUUGCGAGACCUAUGCACAAUGCAGAGGAUAUGGAUGCCAGUGAUACCAUUCAUCGUGGACAGGAAGCGGUCGGAUUCACAAAAGAGUUGCAUGGCAUGGGUACAACAAAUGGGGCCAUCCAUAAGAAACCAGAGACUUUUGAAGCAGGGGUAGAACAAGUGAAACCUAGAAAAAGGGACAAGAUCAAAGAGAAACUUCGGCAAAAAACCCGAUUGAACAACCUCCAUAACCAACAAGAGGCUUACGAAGCAAGGACGGAACCAGUCAACCCUAGAAAAAGAGACCAGAUGAAAGCGAUGGUUGGUAAAGCGAGUACCAAAUUGAACGACCUUGUUCACGAUGAGGAAGGACGAUCGAUUAAUGAUCGAGCAAGGAUCAUAACGAGACACUUGAAAGAAAAAGGAAAAGACUUCAAAGAAAAAGGACAAGUCAUGCUGUCUGAAACAACACAGACCAAGAGCACAGAUGGGACCCCCAUUCAAUCAGCCAACUGGGAUACAACUCCUUCAAAUGCACGAGGACAUACAACAAGUGAGAUUAUAGAGAUCAAUGAAGGAAGUGAAACCCAUCGCACAGGUGAAAGGAAUCCAAGAACACAAACUACAGAAAUCUUGGAAGUCCCAAAGAGGAUUCCCCCAAAGAAAGAAACACCAACCCAGAGGUUGACAAACUCCUUAGUCUCAAACAUACCUCAUGCAAAUCAACAGGGAAUCACAUCACAAAAUAUAAGACAAGGACUGAUCACAAGAUUGCAGAAUUUCAAAACAGAAUGGAUACCCAUGUCAUCAAAUGACGCAAAAGCAUGGGUAAUUAUAGCUAUGAAUCAUGGAAACCAAUGGGCACAGAAUGCAUUAGUGAAAGCUAAGGCUGUUGGUGUUGAUGUACUUGAUAAAGUAUUCACAGCUGUGGAGAAUACAUUUGGAAAAACACUUGAUAGUACAUUGACUUUCCUUUCAGGGAAGUUCUUUCAUAAUUGA